AUGCCCCAAAGAGGCACAGUAGUCCUAGCUUGUUGGUGUCUCUCUACGAUACGACUCCUUGUCAAGCGACACCGCAUUCGAAAACACUGCAGUAUCAGUACUGUCACUUCUCCCGCUGCACACCGCGAUGCAUCAAUACGGUGUCUGACAACAACUGUGCAGAUGCUUCGACGUCCAGCAUCACCCAACCAAGCGACUUCGUCAGGCAAACAGGGACCUUGGAUGAUCCUUCGAUUAGAAAAAGCAUUAACUCUCCAUGUUAAUGUUGCCCGGCCGGUCCAAGCUCCUCGUCAACCACAAACCCAACUUGCCACUGUUUAUGGACCGCAACAUGACACACUAGACGUUGCACAACCCGAAUGGAAACAUCCAAGAAGGCUCCACGUGUUGACAUGGCUUUGUGUCCCUCUGAGCUUGCGAGACAGACUUGACUACUACUCACGUGGAGUACCCACUGAUGCGCAACCCAUGCCGAUUCCAGCCCUUGUGGUUCUUUGCGACAUUGUCCCACCGCUGUUGGUUACCAUCUGUCUCAAUGGCCAGAUUUGCAACGUCGAGGCUCCCAGGAUUCCCAGCACUGUGUUGAGGAUACCCACACCUUCAAGACAGACGUCAAGCUCAGCAAUUUUGCUUGUGCACCUGAAUGCGGGCGGAACAGCUCUUCGUUUCCUUCUUGGCGUAUUUGCAUAA